AUGGAGGAUGAAAUAAAGGAAAAUCCUCAAUUAUUAGAUAAAAAAUAUAAAGAAAAUUUCUUCGAAAGAAUAUUUUCUCCCUUUUAGAAAAAAUCAGGCUACGAUUUUUACCCUUGGAUAGCACUUAUUUAAGUUAUUAUACUUUUCUAUAUUGAUAGUAGUUCUGAAGGAAUUCAGAAUUCAAUUAAGUAUAAUUAACUUUCUGGUAAUAUGGUUAUUGUUCUGUUUAUUUAAAUUAUUAUCAUGGUCUCGGAAAGAUAUAUUACUUUAAGAACCUGUGGAAAAAUAAAAGAAAGCGAAGUCGAUAAAAUUUAAGAUUAUAUUUAAAAACAAAGGAAGGAAUAAGAAAAUAAAUUAAAAAAGUUGAAAUAUCAAAAUAGAUAAAGUCAAGUUUUUAAAGAUGAAAUUGAAAAACCUAAAGAAAAACAGUCUUUUGAAAUCACUUAAAUAAUGCUUAAAUAUAUUUAAUUGACUAUAGUUUUAGUUCUUUUUUUAUAUUUUGUUUAUCUAAAUAUUCCUUAACCAUUCUAAAGAAAUAUAGAUGGAUAAUUUAAAAAAUAUACUACAAAUAGCUUUUUAAGUUUCUUUUACUUUUUAUAUUGCAUAUAUUUUACUUUAUCUGGCUUAUAAAUAAAAUAUGGUUAUAACAAGUUUAAAAUUCGUAAUACAUUAAUGUAAUACUAAACAUCACUAGCAGGUAUAUGUUUAAAAGUAUUUAGAGCGAUUCCUUUUAUGUAAUAAUUGAAAGUUGUAAUGGACUGGACUUUUACAGCAACAACUUUAGAUCUUUUCUAAUGGUUUAAAAUCGAAGAUAUUCAUUUCACUUUAUAUUGCGCAAAACUGGAUUCUAUUGUACAAAAAAAUAAACCUGUGGGAUAAAAUACACCAUGGUUUAUGAAAUUAUCAAUGGGUUGGGUACUUUUAAUUUUAAUUAUUUUACUUAUUUUCGGGCCUAUGCUUCUUUUUUCUAGUCUAAAUCCUACUACUUAGUUAAAUUCUAUUACUAAUGCUAAACUAGAAUUAGGAUUACUAUUCGGAGGAAUUUACGGAGUUUAUUAUCCCUUGUAUUUAAAUUAGAAUGUAAAAUAUAUACAAACUGUAGAUGAUGAAGACUUAUAAAAUUUUAAAAAUAUAACUCAAAUAAGUUAAUCAGAUAAAAGAUAAUUUUAAACUUUUGUCUAUAGCAGUUCGAGUGAUGAUAACUGGACAGCUUCUAAACCUAAUAAAGAUGAAAUAAAAAUGAUUCUAAAUCAAACCAUUAAUUAAUAAAUUAAAAAUUAAGUAAACGAUUUAAAUUCAUAGCCAAGUACUUUUUAUUAUCCAUUUAAUACUAAAUCUUUAGACUCAAUGGGAACUAGUAUGUCUUUAGAAUAAAUCAAUUAACUUUAUUAAAUAAUUAAUUGUAAUGCUACAAGUCCACUUCUUCUUAAUAAUCUUUAUUUAGAAUUAUUAAGACUUGAUACUAAUGGAAAAACAUAUAAAGCUCGUCCUUUCUAUAGUAUUGAUUAUUAAAGUUAUAUAAAAGAUGCAUACUUUAAUUUAAUAUGUUUAGAACAUGGAAAAAUCACUUAAGCCUAAUAUUUUGAUCUUUAAAUAGUAGGUGGAGAAUAAGGAGAAGGCUUAAAUUUUUAUGUUUUAUGUGAUAAAUAUUCAUCAUUUUUUAUGGGUUUUUCUAUAAUUACAAUAUAUACGUCUGUUAUUUUGGUUAUUGGUUAAUUUAUUAAAACUAUAUUUAGUGGUGAUAUUUAGAUUAUUGUAUUUUCUGAUUUACCUAAUUCUGAUAAGUUAUUAAAAAUUUGUGAUGCGAUAGCAGUUGCAAGAGCAGAAAGAGAUUUGAUUAAGGAAAAUUUGCUGUAUUAUGAAUUAAUAGAUUUACUAAGAUCACCUGAAGUCAUUAAAAUGAUAACAGGGUCUUAUGCAGAAACUAUAUAAAAUAAAAGCAAAUAAGAAGCUGAAGAAGUUUAAAAAAUUAAAUUAGAGGAAGAUAAUAAAAAAAAUUAAUGA